UCUUCCCACUUGGAAGGAGGAUCGUCUGGAAACCGGGACACCGGACCACUUCACACUCACACUCUACAACGGCGACCUUUUCGUUUUUCUUUUCUUCAACAAACCGUUUCGGAGUUACAGUCUUAGUUUCGUUCAUGCUGUGCUGAGGUAGAGGAGCUGAAGAUGAAGACCAGGCUGUCUGUGGCGACGGCCGCCCUGCUGGCACUGCUGCUGUCCUCCUGUCAGGCCCAGGACGAAGAGCCUCAGUGUAAAACCAGUGCCAAGGCCGACAUUGUGCUGCUGGUCUACGGCUCCUGGAGCAUUGGCCGUCUGAACUUUAAGACCAUCAGGACCUUCAAGCGUAUGGUUAGCGUCUUCGACAUCGGCCCUGACAGAGUGCAGAUUGGUUUGGCUCAGUACAGUGGAGAUCCAAAGACUGAGUGGCACCUGAACGCUCACCCCAACAAAACCUCCCUGCUGAAUGCCAUAAACAACCUGCCAUACAAAGGAGGCAACACCGUGACAGGUCUGGCACUAAACUACAUCCUCCAGAACAACUUCAAACCAAAUGUGGGAAUGCGUCCAGACUCCCGCAAAAUUGGAGUCUUGAUCACUGACGGAAAGUCCCAGGAUGACAUCAUCGUCAGCUCACAGAACCUGAGGGACAGUGGCAUUGAGCUCUAUGCCAUUGGUGUGAAGAACGCCGACGAGAAUGAACUGAGGUCCAUAGCAUCUGACCCCGAUGACAUUCACAUGUACAACGUCAAUGACUUCCAGUUCCUUCUGGACACUGUUGAUGACCUCACAAACAACCUCUGUAACAGUGUCAAAAGUUCAGGGGAUGAGAUGGGGCCGCCCACUGACCUGGUGACCUCAGAGGUGACCCACCGCUCCUUCCGGGCCAACUGGACGGCACCUGGCGGCCCUGUGGCUCAGUAUCGUGUCCUAUACCAGCCUGUGGCUGGAGGAGCCACUGAGGAGGUGCUGGUUGGUGGAUCACAGACCACUUUAGUGCUGGAGAACCUCACACCUCUGACUGAGUACCUCGUCAGUGUCUCCGCUGUGGUCAACGGGAUAAGCAGCAAACCUCUGACUGGUACAGAGACCACCUGGCCUAAGCAGUGAAGCUGAUUGAUCACGCUUGUAUCUAUUCACGCUGUCAGUAUAUAACCCUGGUCUCUCCACUUCACCCUCACCAGAAUCUACAGGUCCAUUCUGCGGUCUCUGCUACCUGUCAGUUUCCACCUGGUCCUGGCUCCCCCAUUUCUGCCAUACCUUUCCACGACCACCAGUAAAAUGAACUCCUUUUGUCAUUUCACCACUGCCUCAGCACCAGUGAUGCCGGUAACGCAUUACUCUAAUCUGACUGCUUUUUUCAGUAACGAGUAAUCUAACGUGUUAA